AUGCCAGGUGCGGGAAAGACCAUCUGUUCUGCUAUCCUUGUCGAUGAUUUGAUGACGCACUUUGAGGAAAAGCCAGAUGUCGGCAUAGGCUACCUUUAUUGCAACUUUAAUCGACAAGGUGAGCAGAGGGCUCAAGACUUGCUGUCAAGUCUGGUAAUGCAUUUAUGCAAGAAGAGAACAUCUGUUCCGGUUGCAGUCAAGGACCUCUACAAGCGCUACAAAACCGCACCGAUGCGUCCGCGAUUCGGUGAUGUAUCGAAAGCCCUAACCUUCGUUAUCGCUCUGUAUUCCAAAGUGCUUAUCGUCAUUGAUGCCCUCGAUGAGUGUGAAACAACUUGCCGUACAAGAUUUUUGGGCGAGAUCGGCAAAAUUCAUGCUGGGCCGGGGGCAAAUGUCUUCGCCACAUCAAGGCCCACGGAGAGAAAUUCUUUCUCAGGCGUCGACUGGUUCAUUAUAUAA